ACGAUUUAAACAUUUUAGCUCGUUUCUCGUGGGCUUUGUUCAUUUUAGAAGAAGUCCAUAUGCUUGGCAACCACUCUACCAUGUAUAGCCAGCUUACAUCAAAAAAGAGUUUACUUGGAAGAGGUGGAUUGGAGGGCAUAGGUUCAUCUGUAAUCUAAUCACAAUUAAUGUCAAAGAAAAUACUAAUUUUGUUGUAGGUUAAUUUACUUUAUAAGCACAUAUUAUCUUAAUAAAGUUAAAAUCUCUUUGACAAAGAUUGUCCAAAAACUGUUAUUUGCAUAAACCAAACCAAGCCUUAAGUCCCAUCUGUUAUUUGCACGACUAGAAGAAAAAUAUAGACAUUAUAUUUCUGUUUUGGAGCCAUCCACCGGAGCAUAAAUCAGGUUUUCCGGGACAGAAAAAUAAAGUUAAGGUUCCAUACUCAUAUUUGCACCACUCUUAUCUUAACACUAGUCAAAGACAAUUCAAAAAAAUUGAUUCAAUGCUAUUAGCUAGCAUGAGUACAGUGUUCCAAAGGCACCUGAUCAUUUACCUACUGCUCACAAAUCUCAUUGUCUGUAUUUACAAAGCCAUAUUAUAUAAAUAUGUACAUACACAUAUACAGAGCACCUAGAUUUUCUCAAUUUAAAGAACCUCUCAGGUGGACUGUUUAACUUCCGUACCAUAUUCAGGCCUCAACCUCGGCGUUCACCACUGAUCGAUUACCAAACUUCUCUGGCAACUCUGAGAUGGCGUCUCCAUUCAGGUCCCAUAUACAUGGCGGCGACACAAAAAACCGUGAUGGCGUGCUAUUUGUGGAUCCUCAACAACCGGUUCUUUCAGUGGCACCUCUCAAUAGCAUGCCAUAUACAGGUCCACAUGUAAUAUCUAGUGAUGAUGAUUUAUCCCCAACAGAGAUGGAAAGCGAUCCUAUGGCAAGUAAUGAGCCUGCUCUGGUGUUCUUGCCUUCUCGCCCAACUGAGGAACAGUGGAAUAACAUUUUAGCUGCUACCAAUAGGGGAGUUGGCUUAACAGGAAGUGCUGCAAUGGGAAAAAUAGGGCCAAUUGUAGGGUCAUUGGACAUGGCUGAAUCUGAGGAUGCAUAUGUUUUUCGUGUUUCUCUCCCUGGAGUGAAUCAAAGUAAGUUGGACAUUAGGAUGAAUAAGAAAUGGAAAACUUCAUAAUUGCUUUCUGCAUUCUAAAUAUGUCCCCCCC